ACAAAUCUACAACAACGCACACAGAAUACAAAAAUGUUGACAAAAAUAAAACGCACCCAUGGUUUACACCGCAUUGGUGGAUUCCGGAGAAAUUUUCUAAUCUUGAUAGCGGCCAUCAUCACCUUAAUCGUUCUUGGCGUCACCGGAGCGCUCUCUGGGGAUGGUCGAGACCUUCACACAAUAAAGUCGAACAUGUCCAGGAACGCUGCCACUUUUGAUUCGGCUCUUACAUCUUUCAGCAUCGCGGAGCAACCAGUCCCUACAUGUGGAUGGGUAGAUGUAUCAAAACACCUACCUACAUGGGCUGAAAGUGACAGUAUGAUGGUGCAAGAAUCAGUUAGACUCUUUGAGGCAUUGAACAACGCUGGCUUUGCGUAUUAUCUGGCAGCCGGAUCUGCUUUAGGAUCCGUCAGACAUGGAGGUUUUAUACCGGGGGAUGGUGACAUAGAUUUGAGAUUUCCAGCUCAGCUCAAUUAUAAGACUUUCGCUGAUCUAACAACGGCGACUUACCCGACUCUCACGACAUGUGGAGAUACUGCUCCAUAUACCCCACCGCACGGCACUUUGGAAGACCAAGUGCUAUGUGGAAUGAGUCGUGAUACGUGGAGGAGAAGCCUCUUGCUACCGUCCGUGCUGGCUGUCUUAUCCCCAUUGGGAUACACACAAGUACAUGGAAAGCAAGCGAAGCACAUCCGUUUGUCAAAGUGCUGGGAUGUGACCACAACGAGUGGUCGCGUUGUACGAGGAUGUUUAGACGUCGAUAUCAGUCCCACAAUGAGCUCAAGUAGAGGUCGACCGGGCAAGAUCUGCAAAUGCCCUUGGCACUCGGUCACUGCUCUUUGCAAUACCGAUACUCCCGAAGAAUUGGCCCGGGAGUUUUCAGGAUCCUACAUGACACCAAAUAGAAACCUACAGGAUAAGGACCUCUGGUAUUCUAGUGAGAAUGGUAUUGCGCUGUUAGCACCAGGCAACAAACGCUUGAAUUGGCCCACAAUGCUCUAA